UUUUGCACAGUCCACUGAUUACAAACGAGGUUAAUCGUGUCACUAGUUAAGCUUAUCAUCGAAUGAAUCACCAUUUUCAAAACAUAUUGAUCGCCCUCAGCGCCGUCCGAUCGCAGCAAGUUUAUUUUUUUGAUGUCUUCGAGUGAAACCUUUGGUCGAGAGAUUUGAACAAAGUUGCAAUCAGUACGCUUCCAGCAACCGAGUAAGCAGUAGGAUGAAAUCCCAGAUCAUCUGGCUUUUGGCCGGGCUAGUCGUCCUGGUCGUGUGCGACAGUCCAGCUCAAGGAAUGCGAGCAGAGUGUGAUGAUGAGCAAACGUAUAUCAUCCCCCAUUUCAAAAGUAACUGGUACAAAGCCAUGGAAUACUGUCACUAUUUGGGCUUAAAGUUGGCAACAGUGCCCAGCAUCGACAAGCAGCUGCAAAUCGAGGACAGUAUCGAACGGACGGAUAAGGGUAACGGUACCACAUUUUGGACCGGUGGUAACGAUUUGGGAGACAACGAAAACUUCCACUGGUAUUCGACGGGUACUCGGAUUGUGUGGUUCAAUUGGAGUAUGGACGCAUAUAGCAGAAAUGGCAACUGCAUAUAUCUGCAUCGCAAAAAUGAUGAUCCUAGCACAUGGUCAUGGAGCACUGAACGCUGCAGUCAGGCGAAAUAUUUCGUUUGCGAAAGGGCUUAAGGUGAUCGUUUUUCGAUCAACUGUUCAAUGUUUCAAAUGGAAACUUCAACGGUCUCAAUAAAAACCAAUCUAGAAA